AUGAGGAGGUGUUGCUCGAGCGUAUUUCUGUUCUCCUACUCUUUCCCUUCCUUUCCAUAUAUAUUUAUAUCACUCUUCAUUCUUUUCUUGCUUUCUUCUCUGAGCGUGAGACGCUCAAUGCGUAAGAAUCCUUCACUAGGGGCCUUUUUACGGCCGCAGCAACGCAGGGAGCGCGACGAACGUCUCUUUGACCACGACUCUUUCGACGAGAGGCAAUGGAGCGGACAGCAUGAAAUGGGGCACCGUGGCGGUGUUGCGAGUUGGGACAGGCACGACAGCGCCUACACGUCGUAUGCGGAUUAUGAUGGCGGGGCCUACGAGCCAGGGGCUCCGCGGGUGAGCGACACGCUGCAGCCCCGGUUGGUGAAUGACAUAGGCCUGCAGCGGGCGUUGAAGCGACCCAGCAUGAGAAGUUCUCGGGUCCUCGCACACGCCAUGGAUGGAGCGAGGCGGGAAAGAGAAAACGUCGGACAACCGAGAGAAGAGUGGAGGGAAACGCGAUUCUCUCUCAAACCUUACGAGAACCUUGACAGUAGAGGCGGUCGUGACGCUGUUGCUCCCCAGGGCGAUAUCCAUGAGGAGCAUGCCGAGCAUGCCCGCCAUGGCUGGGAACAACAUACACCGUCGGUUGUUGGGGAAACUGUGUACUCGCCCCGGCCAUUGGUGGAUGUGUCCGCGGCGUUUGGGCGCAUGAGUAGCAGCACGUUGGACCAUAUGAGCAAUGUUGGCCGCAGCCAAAACGCGUCAGCGACAAACAGGGCGGCGCCAUCACUAUCGCCAUUGCCGUCAGCGCCAUCGCACGGGACAGCGGACGCAUCAAUUGAUCUCAGCAGGGCUCGUGAGUCGAUAAAUUUGGAGGGAGUAAACGCUACAACAAAAACCACGCCACCGCGUCUACACAUUGAGCAACCCUCAGCAGAGAUUAGUACGCAGGAUCGGUACCGCGGGUGGAAAGCUUCAAUGUGUGAGAAUGAAAACGUUCUCGCCGGAAGUUCAUGGACUCCCGUGUACGGCCCAGAUGGCUUCUCUGUCAUUCAGUCAACUCUACCCGACAGUGGAGCUGUGGGGCAAUACCAGAACCCCAACGCCGCGGCCGAGCGCAUCCUUUACGCACUGUUGCAACAAAAUGAAGAAUUAUCAACUGUGGCGUCUCAUCAGCCGAAUAAAUGGGGAGGAGAAAAAUUGAGUUUAAGCAACGGUAAAGAAACCAGUUCGGCAAUCACCGCGUUGGACCCCAUGGCACGACAGCGCCUCAGUUUACACGUGACGCCUCAAGAAAGCCGUCUUGUACUUAGUCUUGUGCGGGAAAAGGACCGAGAGAUCCUGCGGCUGCGUAGCUCUCUGGCUACCAGUUAUCGUUUUGCUGCUUACGCUGCGUACCGGCAGUAUCCGUCAGUUCCUUCCGGCAAAUCCAACGCUUUAUUUUCAGCAAUGGAAUCACGUUUCUUUGGCGCGUUGGCAAGCGCAGUGAAGAACAGAGAAAGAGACCCGUUGCUUUUGGUGGACCGGGCACCCCCUCAUGUGCAUGGCCUCCCCAAUUUACCUCUGCCACUUGGUCUUCCCUACAGCAUGGCACAAGUCUGCGGAGUGCUGUCGAUGAUCAAUGUAGCAGACAUGCUUCACAAGAAAGCAUCGGCUCGGUUUUUCCUGAGCUCGUGGCGCACGUACUUUGUUGUGGCCGAUGACCGUGGACUUUCUGUCUACCGUAGUGAGGAGGAUUACAAACGGCAUGCUUUCCAGCGGACGCUGCUUGUGGUGCCCUUUAGGGACAUGGAGUACUUUGUGCCGUCGUUUCGCGACGUGUCAGUGGCCGGAGAGGAUCUGCUCCAGGCGGCUGAAGCAUUGGGUGCCGCUCGUACGCGGCAGCAGGAGUCGGGCAGUAGCAACUUUUUUUCUUCCCUCAUUAACAGAAGGAAGAAGCUCAAGGCGGAGACGACAAUGAAGAAUAAGAAAACUGGGGGCGUUGAAGCAGGCGAGACGGAGGAUACCAGCGAUGCCGUAAAUUCCCAAGAAGAUGAGGGCAGGGAAUCACUGAAUGUCCAGCGAAAGCGACCGGAUCGGUACGAUGAGUUGAUGGCCUGCAUUGCCAUGCAACAUGCAGGUGACACGAGUCACGCUUACUUUGGUUUCAUCCCCAAACAACCCAACACACAGAGCGGCGGCAAGGUAGUGAAUCCGCCCGUUCUUUUCCGUACACAAAGCACACAAGAGCACAUGGAGUGGGCACAUUACUUUGCGCAGUGCUUCAACAGGAAGUUGUACCGCGAGAUGUUCCCCACCGCCCUCGCUGAGACGUAUGCGGGGAGUCUCUCGAGGGAGACCCAAACAGUUUUCGACACGACGGACACUGCAGCUUUAGAGGGCCAUGAUGUAAAUGAAUGUAAGAAGAGGGAACCCAUGGUGGCAUCCAGGGAGGUCAUGGCAAUGGUUCAAAGCGCGGAGGCGGCGGCACAGACCACUCCACGUGAGAAGAAUGAUGAAGCCACGAAUACAGAAGAGGAACAAGAUGUAGCGGGACUCUCGUGUAUUGUGACCCCGCCGCCUCCUCCCACUAGCCCACCAAGACGCAGCGUUAUUGGAACUCAGGAAGCGUCUGGAAGCGUCUACGAAUCGGUAGAAGAGGAGGGGGAAUCUGAAAUCAAGUCAAACGCUAUGGCAACAAUGGAGAGCGCUUUAACGGGGGAGGUGGGCAAAGAUGUGCCAUGGAAGGAGCUUGUCACUGAGCUGCGCCGGCUACUGGACACCAAAAACACGGAACGCAAGGAACUUCAAGAGGAGUGUGAGGAGUUGCGUCUUCGCGUGCGGCAGUUGAUGCGGGAGCUGCAGCAAUUGAAAGAUGAUCGUGAAAGUCUUCUCAAGGAGUUGGAGGAGGUGCAUGUGAUGUAUGAUGCGGCGGCGCGACGAGUUGAGGAGGCGGAGCGGAGUUUCCAGUCGGCUCAAGAAGCCGCACACACUGCGGAAGCAGCCAAGCAGGAAGCUGUGACGCGUGAAGAAGAACAGGUGGCACGCGCCAACAAGUUGCGGGAGGAAAUUGAAUGCAUGCAGCAUGAACAGGAGAUACUGACAGCGGAGCUUCUUGCCCUGAAGGACGGCUACAGCGAGGGGCUUCGCUGCCUUGCGAAAAAGGCCCUUGGAGAUAUUGAUAAGCUGCACGCUGUCUGCACGGCUGGGGAGUAUCUGUCCGCACUGCGGGGCGGCCAUUGCGACCCACCACGCAAGGAGGAUGGAUGGCUUUGCGCCGAGAGAGGAGAGGGCAACGCGAGCCGUGUUGGCAGCAACGACCACAUUAUGAGCCCGCAGCAACAAGGACCGUCGCAGCCCCCGCAUGCGCCGCCACCCGCAACUUCAUUGCAUCAACCACUUUUUCAUCCGCAUCGAAAGAAGCAGCAGUGUGACCCGAUGCAUGUGCGUUCUGCCUCUGAAAACUCAAAUGUGCCGCAACAUGCCUCUGCGGCGAAAAAGACGUCAGACAAUUCAGCGCACGCGGAUGCGGGGGAAGGUUUUCUGGGCAUUGCUAUGUUGCUGAUUUCUUUUAUGCCCCAGCACAUGGCUAUUGAUGGGUGCUUCACAGUUGACGAGUCGCAGGCACGCCUGUUGCGGAGCGGCCCGUCACCAACGCAGCGUGGGCGGGAGUGGGUGAUUCUUCACCAUGACACAAAUGCCGUGUUCUCCGUGACUGCUGAGCUGCGGACAGAAAAGGAGCCACGCCACACUGAACCGAGUAAAUCACCACAAAGAAGCGUGUUGUCACGGCGUGCUCGGUUGGGUUCCUCACAGUCAGUUCACCCAAAGAGCGCGCGACGGUCACGAGAACGAAUUCCUCGUGUGGCAGACGUGGAGAAAACCGCCAAACGCGCGCAGUCCACCACAGAUAAGUAG